AACUUCGCACGGGAUGCGCCACGGCCGGCAGGCGGUAGCCCUCAUUCUCAAUGCCUACAUAAACUAUUCAACUUUCAUGUUCGUUCGCCCAACUCCAAUCCAAUCAGUAUGUCACUAACAGCCGCAGUGAGAGGUCGCGUCUGCGCGCUACCGAAGUAUACGGCACGUGUUUUAAACUCGUUCGUAAUUGUUAUUAUGUUUUGUUUCUUUAGACCGGUGUUCCAUACAAUAUUGUGCAAGAAAUGUGUGUAGUGUUACAAGUAUUUGGAGGACGACAAUGCUAAAGUGUUCGAGUGUGGUGAAAGACCGGUGAUCUAUAAUGUUGUGGUCGGUGGUCGCGCUGUUGUUGUGGAGCCGGCCGACGGAGGGCGUGAGGCCCGCGCCGGUGCAGGUGUCGCGCUGCUGCCCCGAGGGCCACGCGCUGCCGGCGGCCGUGCUGCGAGCGCAGACUCUGAGCGCGGCCGCCGUGCCCGCCGCGUGCGCGCCCGACCCCGCGUCCUGGACGCCGCUCGUGUAUGCGCCCGCGCGCUCCACCUUCCUGGAGCGGGGCCGCCUGCCGCAGCACUGGACGGUGGCGGACGGCAGGAUCCCCGGCUGCCCCGAGCUGCGCGUGGUGUUCGAACACGCGGCCUCGUACGCGCUUCUCGCCAACAACGGUUCACUGCUGAUGCGCGGAGCCAAGGCGGCAUUGCCCCCCGACCGAUACUGCGCGGACAUCAUCGCUGCGCUCAUAUGCGCCGAAGACAUCGGCGGCCGCGGCCCCGCCAAGUGCUGCGCUGAGGGUCGAGCGUUUGACGGAUCGCGGUGCGUGGAGGACGAGACGCGCUCGGCGGAGGCCAUGAGCGAGCUGCAGGAGUUGGGCAACGGGAGUGUCGUGCUGGUGGGGUGGCCGUCGUGCGCCGAGGGCUCGCGGUACUCGGUGGCGGGGCGGCUGGCCGGCGCCGCGCUGGCUCAGGACGGCGGGCUGGCGCUGGGCCCGGAGCGGCUGGCGGCGGGCGCGUGGUGCGCGGAGGCCGUGGCGGGCGAGAGCGGGGCGCGCGUGCUGGCGUGCGAGGACGCGGCGCGCUCGGGCCGGCCGGCGCAGGCGGCGCGCCACGCGCUGUACGGCGCGGGGCUGGCCGUGGGCGCCGCGUUCCUGGCGGCCACGCUGGCGGCCGGCUUCGCGCUGCCGGCGGCGCACCACGCGCUGCACUGGCGCUGCCAGACGCACUACGUCACGGCGCUCAUGCUGGGCGACAUCCUGCUGGCCGCCACGCAGCUCUCGCACAACGCGGUGCCGCCGCCGCUGUGCCGCGCGCUAGCCGUCUGCAUGCACUUCUUGUUCCUGUCCGCGUUCUUUUGGCUGAACACGAUGUGUUUCAACAUCUGGUGGACCUUCCGUGACUUUCGGCCCACGUCGCUGGAGCGGGGGCAGGAGGCGUGCCGUCUGCGGGUGUACAUGGUGUACGCCUGGGGAGGGCCUCUCCUGGUGGCGGGUGCCGCAGCCCUACUUGACCGUCUGCCGCCCGACGCGGCGCCCGGCCUUCUGCGGCCGCGCUUCGCCGUGCAGCGUUGCUGGUUCUACGGCGACAUGGAGAUCCUCGUCUACUUCUUCGGCCCCGUCGGCGUGCUGCUGCUCGUCAACCUCGCGCUCUUCAUCUCCACCACCAGACAACUCACCUGCGGCUUAUGGCGGCGGGACGAGGUCAAGUCCACAUCAGAAAGGGCGGCUCUGGGUCGCGUUUGCGCCAAGCUGGUGGUGGUGAUGGGUGUAACGUGGGGAGCGGACGUGGUGUCAUGGGCGGCCGGUGGCCCGGAGUACGUGUGGUACGCCACCGACCUCCUCAACGCGCUACAGGGCGUCUUCAUCUUCCUGGUGGUGGGCUGCCAGCCGCACGCCUGGGCGGCUCUGAAGCGAGCGGCAGCGGCCUGGUGCGCCAGGGCACCCAACGCUCAAGCGCAUUCCUCCUCCCACCUUCCAUCGUGCGGAGAAUCCCUGACUCACACAACUGCCGCGCCGGCCCAAUCGACGCCAGCCCCCCAGAACCAACGCCUCCCGAUGGAGACCGUCUGCUGACCGCAGCGAAACCCAGUAUUAAUAUACUAUCGACGAAUACUACUGUAAGAUUCCGUAGUUAGUGAAGGUAUACAAUACGGUAUACAAUGUCUUAACCCGACACGAGGCUUUUGUAAAUAUAUACAUAUAGUACCUUAAGUAUCUCUAAGUUAUGUUAACGAUUAGUUAUAUAUUGUUAUAUGUUUGUAUAUGUAUGAAUGUGUUAAUUUAUAUUUGUGAAAUUGACAUGGCGUCGAAAGUGAACGUGUUGUCGUUCGAGAUUGGCUGUUCAAAUAAAACUGAUUGAGAUUUGUAAA